AUGCCUAUCAAGAUCCCCGGCUUCGGCCGCCGCAAGUCCUCUGGCAACACAUUGGACGAGACGACCGCUCCCACUCCCGCCGCCGAGCCCUCGUUUCGCGUCUUCGAGCGGCCGUCACAUCGCGCAAGCCAUUCGUUCGACUCGGUCACGGCUCUCAAGCAGUCCGCGGCGCGGCCACGGGCGUCAGAGGACCCGGAUCCAGACAACAUCUUCGCCGGAAUCGAGAAACCUGCUCCGGCUACGACUACAAACACAGCUUCCCACAUCAAUGGGAGAAACGGCAAGCUGAACGGCUCGAAUGGGAGCUCGAGCAAGCCAUACGAUAAUUCAAGCGCCUCCUCGGCCAGAUACAGCUCCUCGUCGACAUUGCCGUCUUCUACGGACCACUCACCCCACGAUGGCAUACCGGUGCCCCCCAUCCCGGAGAGCCCGUUCGCCUUCUCCAUUCGCGCUUCCGGACGCACAUUCUCGUUUGGCUCCAAGGCCUCCAAGACGUCGAUACCGAGAAAGUCGGAAAGCACUAAUAGAGAGCGGGCCAUGACAAACAGUACCACCAGCACCGCCACGCCUCCAAAGCUGAUGGAGACUGAUCUGAACCUCGAGGGUGCCGGUGAGAUGGGAAACAUCUUUGAAGGCGUUGGAGUGGAUAAACGACGUAGCAGGGUCUUGGAUAACAUCACUAACCUGCCACAGCCCGGCCGACCUGCUCCCAGUGUCCCCGCCAAAGACAAACGAGUGUCUCCGUCUCCUCUCUCUCCACUCUCUUCGAAUCACAGCCAGACUUCUCGCGACAGUCUGAUUGCGGCUGACGACUACACCCUCUCUCAACAACUAGCCAGCCAAUUACGGGACGUCGAGCUAUCCGAGCCCAGCCCCAAGCCUAGAGCAGCCUACAUGCCCAACUCGCGCUCCACGCCCAACAUCUACUCCUCGGAGAGAGAGAGGAACACGAUGAGCCCGCCGCUUCGUGAUCCGGAGGUUUCCUCCCUGUUCUCCAGUGACAAGGACUUCACCCACGUUCCACGUCACCAUCAUCACUCUCCGCUCCGCCAAAACCACGAUAGCAACGGAAUGGCCGCCAACGCUUCCCUGGCCUCCCGAUACGAAGCCUCGCUCGCUGCGGCCAAGCCGGUAAACAAAGUAAUGACACCUGCACAGUUCGAAAGGUACCAACAGCAACAGGCUCAGCGAGCCCCUAGUGAACAUAGUUCCGACGAGGAGGACGAGGUGGACAGCGAAGAUGAUGAGGAUGAGGCUGAGAAGAGGAAGCAGGCUGCGGCGCAGAGGAAGAAGCAGGAAGCUCAUUUGUCGGUUUACAGACAGCAGAUGAUGAAAAUUACGGGUGAACAGAAGAAGAGCAACAUCAACGACGCUGCCGGUAGCUCGGAGUCAAUUACCCAUCUUACCACCAACCAGAAUCGCAGAUCCGUCCUGGAUCCCAUGGAAACAACCACCACCACGGCAUCGACGUCUCCGGGCUUGUCCCCGGGCCUGUUUCCAGGAGCUGGUCCCGCGAAAUCUACUCCCUCCGACGGCGACGAUGAUGACGAUGUACCACUCGGCAUCCUCGCAGCCCAUGGCUUCCCACACCGCAAUCGUCCACCUUCCCACCUGGCCUUGUCACGCUCAAACCCCAACCUGAACGCCGCAUACCAGGCUGGCCCAGCCUCCAUCGCUGGGACGCCGGACGGAGCGCCAUCCGGCUCAACUAAGCGAAGCACCCUCCCCGUCUUCGCCCGCAACUUGCCCAAGGACCCAUACUUUGGCGCCAGCCUCGUUAACCCUUCACACCGCGAAUCAUUAGCUCUCGGUGGCGGUGCUCCGGGUGUAAACCUAAACACUGUAAACUUGGGACCACCGGGUCUUCCACCGGGCGGCUUGGUGGGUGUCAUUGCAUCUGAAGAACGGGCGCGCGCAAUGCGUCGUGGUAGCCCCAAUGCUCAGGGUGUGUACGAUAUGGGCAUGCCACAGAUGCACAACACCAACUUCCUCACUCCGCAGCCACAGAUGCAGAUGGGCGGGUUAUUGGGACAGCUUCAGCAACAGCAGCAGGCUCAGGCUGCUCAGGGAGGUCUGCCGAAUGGUAUGCAUGCAAACGGCUUGAUUGGACAAGCUGGAACUGUGAACCCGCAUCAUCACCAUCAUCCGUUCCCUCAGGCCGGUAGCGUUGGAUCUCCAGCCGACCAAACGCAGAUGCAAGUCUCGCAGCAAAUGACACAGAUGAUGCAGGUGCAGAUGCAAUGGAUGCAGCAAAUGAUGCAAAUGCAGGGCACGCAAGCACCAGGCCAACAGCAACAGAUGCCUCCAUUCCCAGGCCAAAUGCCCGGUCAGAUGCCAAUGCAAAUACCAGCUGCCAACCCGAACGCCAGCACAUCGUCCCUACUGCAGCCGCCAAACCCCAACCAACGACCAUUCUCGAUGGUUUCCAACCCAUCUCACUAUCGCGGACCACCGCAGGUCGAUCAUCGAACAUUAAGCAUGCUCGAUCCAUCUACAUCUGGCGGUUCAUGGGCUCCAGGACAGAUGCCGGGAAACCGCGCAUCAUUCCUAAUGACUCCAGAUAUGGGCGGUCCGUCUCUAGGUAUGGGAUUGGGUAUGGGAGGAACAGGCUACGCACCAUCCGUUGCACCAUCGGAACGCAGCAACAUAGGCGCCGCAUCUAGAUACCGUCCGGUUUCAACAAUCGCACAACAAUCCAACUCCAACGCUGGGGCUAAUCGCUCAUCCACAUUCACCACCUCCACACUACGACCAUGGACAGAAGAACGACCACCCCCCAUCGGUCUCUCAGCCGCGAACAAAUCAAACACAAAUCUCAGCACAAUCACGCCCUCGACGUCAGAAACAACCCCCACAAUUCGUCCUGUCAGUUCAAUGUUCCGUCGUCUGUCCCCCUUGCUAGGAGGAAAUAGUAGUCGGGCCUCUGUUGCCGGCCUACCAACCCCCGCAGCUGGUGCAGGCGACGAGGACGAAGAUGACGAAAAGGCAUGGGCAGAGAUGAUGAAGAAUCGCGAAAAGAAGAAGACCGGCUGGAAGUUCCGACGUGGUGGUGGGGAUGAUCAUGCGGGGACUUUGGGCGACUAUGUUCACCCUACGGCCAUAUAA